GCAACACCAUCACAGCAGCAAUAUCAGUAGUUUCGUUAGCAUCCGCAAAAAGGCAGAGUGUCGCUGGCGUCGUUUCCACUCCUCCUCCUCUUCCUUCUCCUCGUCCUGGGAUGAAAACGAUCGUCGACGCCCGUGCGCCGCGCUGCUCGCCCUUUUGAAAACGAUCUAUCGUGUCGCGUGCGCUACCUGUACGUGUUUUUAUUAGUAAGUGUAUUGGUGUCGUCUACUACGUAAGACCGUUCGUUCGUUCGUUCAGUCGGUUCAUCGUUCCGUUCGUUCCGCACAUUCGUUCGUAGUUCGUAGAUCUUUCGUAUAUUAUUCGUGCGUGAAUAUUUAGUGCAUAUGUAAAAGGAGAAAGAUAAAUAAAGAAAAAAAAGAGUAGGAGAUAGAAAGGGAAAGAAUAAAAGAGAUAGAAAUAAAGAAAAAGAGAGAAAGAGAGUGUGUGUGUGAGAGAGAGAGAGAGAGAGAGAGUGAAACGCGCGCGCGCCUACUCGCUGAUCGUCGUUUCGUUUCGUUUCGUUUCGUGGUAGUGGUCGGGAACGUUCGGGUUCUCGGCACGGCCCAUCAUUGUCUCUCUCACACCGAGUCAUUCUCUUCUCGCGUGGACGCCUCAACUUUUUAUAACCUGAAAAAAAAAAAGAAAUAAAUAUAAAUAAAGUAAUAAAUAAAGUUUAAGAAGAGAAGAAGGAGUUUAUAGUGAGACGCCGAUAGAGUUAUUGUUUAAAUGUAAAUCCAUUUCUCGCGGUGUUGUUAAUCGAUUCGAUUCGUGACGACGACGACAACGACGACGACGACGACGUUAAAGUGUCAUUAAAUUGUCGGUUCUUAAAUAAGUACGUUGUUUUUCAUUCCUUGUGCUCCUCGUUGAAGUACUCGCGUUACGCACAGACACAACAUACAUACAUACAUACAUACAUCUUGCAUAUAUACAUACAUUUAUACAACUGUCGAUGAUCGUGUAUUCGCUGUGAAUAAGAAGAAGAAGAAAGAAAGAAAAGAAAAAGAAGUAAGGAAAGUGCGUAGUAAUCGAUGUGAGGAAAGUCGAAGCGACACGACGAAUCCCCUCGAGGCACCUCCUCGCCGUUGCGUGAGAAAGAGAGAAUAGAUUGGAGAGAGGGAGAAGAAAGAGAAGAGAAGAGAGAGAAAGAGCGAGAGAGAGAGAAGCAGGGAACUCUGUAGGUGGGACAGAGAGGCCAACGCACCGACGACGAGCCGGGAAUUCGAUCGUCUUCGAAGCUCCGUCAGGGAGCUCCAGGGGUGGCAACGGUCUCGCUCGGAAGCGUCGAAGGUGGCGCGAGGGGUGGACGAGUCGGCGUUGGCCUGGCUCUGGUUCUUCCGGUGGUACCAGUAAAAGUAACGAAAGCGGAAGCCGCCAAGUUAUUAGCUGAAGGAAAAACUUUAGAAACAAGCUAUUCUCGGCCAGAAAUAGCAACAGUAAUAGCAACAGUAAUAGCAACAGUAAUAGCAGCAGUAGUAGUAGUAGCAACAGCAACAGUAGCGUUACUUGUGGAAAGGCUGCUGUUGUCACCACCAUCCGCCGGACUGGGAACGUUGUAUAUCGAAGAAGAAGAAGAAGAAAAAGAAAAAGAAGAAGAAAAGAAGAGUCAUCGCAAUAAGAAGGGACCUUCUUCUUCAUUUCCUAUUAUUCUUGUCCUCGUCCUUGCAUUCUUACCUUUUCACCUCCCUCCACUUUCUCCUCCAACUCCGCUUCCACCUGCUCCUCCACCUCCUCCUCCACCACCACCACUACCUCCAACUACACCACCUCGUACAUCAUCGUCGUCCAACGUUCAAAAACGUAAAAAACUUCUUCUUCUUCACGGCGAAUUACCAACUUCUUCUUCGCAGGAAGAAAGUGAAAAGAAAGAAGAAGAAAAAGAAGAACAACAACAAUUACAAUUACAAGCAACGCAACCGACGGCGUGACACCGGUGCAACAUCGGUGUGACCGGCCAACAAGGCCCCCUCCCUUCCCCCCUUGUUGUUGCAUAAAAAGCAACAAACAAUCUUCGAAAUUUAAAACUAAUAAACAGUUAAUCUACGAUUUCCUUCCAAAUACUACUACUACUACUACUACGGACGGAUUCUUCUUUUAACCCCCACCCACCCUCCUUAAACGGAUUAUCGAGAAGUACAGAAAGUCGCAGCAAACACGACGGGCACCAUGAAUGAGCUCGACAGCCUUCGCCAGGAGGCGGAGACCCUCAAAAAUGCUAUUCGAGAUGCAAGAAAAGCUGCAUGCGACACCAGUUUGGACCAAGCGACGGCCGGCUUGGAACCAAUUGGUCGAAUACAAAUGCGUACGAGACGUACCUUACGAGGUCACUUGGCUAAGAUUUAUGCUAUGCAUUGGGGAAGUGAUUCUAGAAAUUUAGUAUCCGCCUCGCAAGACGGUAAGCUGAUCGUUUGGGAUAGUUAUACGACCAACAAGGUACAUGCCAUCCCUUUACGUUCAUCGUGGGUGAUGACCUGCGCGUAUGCACCGUCGGGUAGUUACGUGGCUUGCGGUGGCCUGGACAACAUAUGUUCCAUUUAUAGCCUUAAAACAAGAGAAGGAAAUGUACGGGUCAGCAGAGAAUUACCAGGACAUACCGGAUACUUGUCCUGUUGUCGAUUUUACGACGACAACCAAAUCGUAACUAGCUCCGGUGAUAUGACCUGUGCUCUAUGGGAUAUCGAGACUGGUCAACAAUGCACUUCGUUCAUCGGUCACACAGGAGACGUCAUGUCCCUAUCGCUGGCUCCCGAUACGCGUACCUUCGUUUCCGGUGCGUGCGACGCUAGUGCUAAACUUUGGGACAUUCGCGAAGGGUCUUGCAAACAGACUUUCCCUGGACACGAGAGUGACAUAAACGCCGUUACGUUCUUCCCUAACGGACAUGCUUUCGCGACGGGUUCGGAUGACGCUACUUGCAGACUAUUUGACAUCAGAGCGGAUCAAGAACUUGCGAUGUACAGCCACGACAAUAUUAUUUGCGGUAUUACGAGUGUAGCUUUCAGCAAGAGCGGUAGAUUGUUGUUAGCUGGCUACGACGAUUUCAACUGCAACGUAUGGGAUUCUAUGAAAGCCGAGCGAGCUGGUAUACUUGCCGGGCACGACAAUCGCGUAUCCUGCCUUGGUGUAACGGAAGAUGGUAUGGCAGUAGCGACGGGAUCUUGGGACUCAUUCCUUCGCAUUUGGAACUAACUUGGGGCUCCCCCCAAGACGUUCCUCCAAAGAACCAACUGCAGCCAGUCCGCGUACAAUAUAAGCAUCAGAUACCACCAUCUUAUCACGGAGCAACAAGCCGGCGUGCCAGCAGUCGCGACAUCAUCGGUCAACAACGAGCCACCGGGUACACCGGAGGUUAAGCUGAUCAGAAACUUUGGAUAUCCGACGAGCAGCGGUAACGGAACCAAAUGCAACAACAAUAAUAUUAAUUAUUACAACAACAAUAACAACAACAACAGCAGCAGCAAAAGCAACCACAAUAACAACAUUAAUGGCACAAAGAAAAAGAAGAAGCACAAGAAUUGCAGCAAUAGCAGCAGCAGCAGAAACAACAGUAGUAGCAGUAGCAGCAGCAGCAGCAGCGACUCUAAGAACGUUUUGGGUUGUGAUGGUAAUAAAAAAAAAGACUACCGUAAUAGACGCAUAGUCGUUGACUUAACCUGGCGACGUGGCAAAGUCGGCGACAAGAUUACCCGCGAGUAUCAACGCUUCUAAGUCAACUUAUUUUUACCAUCGUUUCGGAUGCUACAUUUUUGAAACUAAAGCGAAAAUAGAAGAAGAAAAAGAAGAAGAAGGAACAAGAUGAUGAUGAUGAUGAUGAUGAUGAUGAUGAUGA